AUGGGAGCCAAAUACAAUCAUAAAGCAGCGUUUUUACGUGUAGUUGUUGUACAUAACAAUGAAACUCUCUUUAUGAGCGGCACGUCAUACACUGGCGUACCGACUAUUCCUCCCCCACAAUUUAGCACGUUCGCAACUGUGAUCGACCCUCCUCGACCCUUGCCGGAUUUCGUUUCAAAACCACUUGUUCAUGCACCUGCUCCUCCUGCUGUGCAGGAACAUACGGUUGCUGUUCCAUAUCCAACUGUAGAUGCUCGAGCCGAACUUCCUAAGGUAGAAAAUUCCGGUGAAGCUAGACCAAGCACUGUUCAAGAGUCAUUCGCAAUAACGCCUGCUGAGAAGUCGCCACCCUCCGAUCAAAUUGCAACUGGAACGUCCACUCAUCACAAGAAAACUCACAAAUUACCUUUAGCGCCAACAUCAUCGAAGAGCUACACUGCUAAACGAACGUUUAAGGUCAUUAUUGUUGGGGAUGCGGGAGUAGGUAAAACGUGUCUUUCCUUCCGAUUCUGCUGUGGUAGGUUUCCGGAACAUACUGAAGCGACAAUAGGAGUAGAUUUUCGAGAACGAAGUUGCGUUAUAGAGAGGGAAUUGUUGAAGUACGGUCUUGUUCAGGUACAAUUAUGGGAUACCGCUGGACAAGAGAGGUAUAGACAUUCCAUUGUGGCGCAUUAUUAUCGAAAUGUUAAUGCAGUCGUGUUCGUUUACGAUGUAACGAGUCCAUCUUCUUUUGCUUCUUUGCGCUCCUGGAUCAAUGAAUGCGAGAAAAAUGGUUUAACCGCCGAAUCUGAUGUUCCUCGAAUUUUGAUAGGCAACAAAUGCGACUUAAAGUCGACGAAGCCUCAACGAGUAGACACUGACGCUGCUCAAAUUUUUGCUGACCACAAUAACAUGGCGUUGUUCGAGACGUCCGCUAAAGCUGAUUCCGAGGCAGAUCAUGUGGAAUCUAUAUUUCUCACACUAUUGCACAAACUACAGCAAAGCAAGCCUAUGCAU